GAAUCAUUUGAACUUUUGAAAAUAUAUCGUGGAAAUCGAAUCAUAUUAUAAUCGAUAUCUCGAAGUUAUUCAGAUAUCGAGCUUUUGCAACAACAUCGAUUAUGUCCACGCUGGUAAUUUAACGUAUACUUAGCAGCAUAUAAAGAAGGGUGAUGCUGUGAAACUUCUCGUUUUAAUUCUAUUAAAAACUAUCUAUAGAUAUGUAUAAUUUCUUUUUUCGAUAUAAACGAUUUCACAGUUUUUAAUUAAUCAAGGAUCGAAGUUUUAACAUCACUUUAAGAUGUCUACCUCAGCUAUAUACAUAUUGGAUGUGAAGGGUAAAGUGUUGAUCUCCCGUAACUAUCGUGAAGAUUUAGAAACUGGAGUGAUAGAAAAGUUUAUGCCCUUGGUGAUGGAACGAGAAGAAGAAGGCAAUCUUACACCUAUUAUCCAGACAUUAGAGUGCACAUACGCUUAUAUAAAAUAUAACAAUCUUUAUAUUGUUUCUACAACAAGGAAGAAUGCCAAUAUUUCUUUAGUUUUUGUAUUUUUGCAUAAAGUGGUACAAGUAAUGCAAGAAUAUUUUAAAGAGUUAGAAGAAGAGAGUAUAAGGGAUAAUUUUGUUGUGAUUUAUGAACUUCUCGAUGAAUUAUUAGAUUUCGGUUAUCCUCAAACAACGGAUAGCAAGAUUUUGCAAGAAUAUAUAACGCAAGAAGGUCAUAAGUUAGAAAUACAACCAAGAAUUCCAAUGGCUGUGACUAAUGCUGUGUCUUGGAGGUCAGAAGGUAUUAAAUAUCGUAAGAACGAAGUCUUUUUAGAUGUAAUAGAAUCUGUGAAUCUUUUGGCAAAUGCUAAUGGAAAUGUAUUGAGUUCUGAGAUUGUUGGUGCUAUAAAAAUGAGAGUGUAUCUAUCUGGAAUGCCAGAAUUAAGACUAGGUCUAAAUGAUAAAGUAUUAUUUGAAUCGACAGGACGUGGUAAGUCCAAAUCAGUUGAAUUGGAAGAUGUCAAAUUUCAUCAAUGCGUACGACUUUCAAGAUUUGAGAAUGAUCGAACAAUUUCUUUCAUACCACCUGAUGGAGAAUUUGAAUUAAUGUCUUAUAGGUUGAAUACUCAUGUUAAACCAUUGAUAUGGAUUGAAUCGGUAAUUGAGAGACACGCACAUAGUAGAGUAGAAUACAUGAUAAAAGCUAGAUCUCAAUUCAAACGUCGAUCGACUGCAAACAAUGUGGAAAUAGUAAUAUCUGUGCCAAAUGAUGCAGACUCUCCUAAAUUUAAAACAACUAUUGGCAGUGUUAAGUAUUCUCCUGAACAAAGUGCAAUUACUUGGUUUAUCAAAUCCUUUCCAGGUGGAAAGGAAUAUUUAAUGAGAGCACAUUUUGGAUUACCAUCUGUUGUUGGGGAGGAUAUAGAAGGCAAGCCACCAAUUCAAGUAAAAUUUGAAAUUCCUUAUUUCACUACUUCUGGGAUUCAAGUGCGAUAUUUGAAAAUUAUUGAGAAGAGUGGUUACCAGGCAUUACCAUGGGUGCGUUACAUUACACAAAAUGGUGAUUAUCAGUUAAGAACAAAUUAGUUACAUGGCAAUUAAAUGAAAAUAUCUACUAUUGUAUCUAGUUGUUUGUAUGAUAUUUGUAAUU